AUGCUCGCCAAGAAUGCAUCUGCUACCGGAGAUAGACAUAUCUUUCUAAACCCGGGGGGACCUGGAGCCAGUGGAGUGGGCUUUCUUCGUGGAUCUGCAUAUGACCUAAAUAAACUCAUCGGGGAAGGUUUCCACUUACUGAGCUUUGAUCCUCGUGGCGUAAGUGGAUCGAUACCGAAAGCUGUUUGCUAUCCAAGCAACUCCGAACGCGCUGCCGCGUUUGCCAGCACCCCUUGGGACCUUAAGUUUCAAGCUGGUGAGAUGUACACUAGAGCCGAGAAUAAGGUAAAGGCCUGUGAAGACAUGAUGGGCGAGCAUGGAAAAUACAUCAGCACCCUGCAGAUAGCUGCUGAUAUGAACUCUAUCCUCGACGCGAUAGGGCAGCAGCAGAUAUGGAACUACACUCGGUCAGACAUAUACGCAAUGUUCCCAGAGCGGGUCUCCCGAAUGGUGCUGGACGGCGUGAGCAAUCUGGAUGAAUGGUGCGGCAUUGAUGCUGAGUAUUACCCGUCUGCUCGGGGAUCUGCAGUGUCUACAUUGAGUGUCGAAGAGGAGGAUUUGCUCAGUAGUCUUCAUGCGUUGGCAACAAAAGAUGUCUUCCUUGUUAGAAGCCAGGUGUAA